UUGUGCUUACGAAGUGCUGGCAAUUCCGCAAAUUAAAUAGCAUUUGACUUAGACCAUCCAUUAUUUACUAAAUCAGGGCAAUUAUUUAAUGUCCUUGCACCCAAUUUCCAGAGUCUUGGCCCAAAUCCAACUGCCACUAAUCAAAUUUUGGCCAAAUGACAAUUUGGCUGGCCACACAAUUGCUCCUGCCAGCUGUAAUAAUGUCCUUUGGCUGGUAUUCUGGCUUAUUAGGCGGCAUUAUUAAAGGUUAUAAACUUGUCCAAACCAAAGUGCUUCAUACUUUUGGGCGCGUGGGAAAAUGGAGCGAGAAGCUUUUCGAUCUACAAAUGUUUCUAGGUAGAUUAAAGGUAGUUGGACUUAUCUUUAACGAGAGCAUUAUCCCAUCCACCCACUGGCAUCUGGGAAUGGGAGUCCGAAAUGGAGGUGGGCUCUCGCAGAUUGGCCAUGUGUAUAUGCGGCUUUCGGAUGAGCCGACCGAAAGGUGAGCUGCAGGUGCGUGUCAGUCGAGAUUCACCUGUCGCCCGAUUCGGUUGCGGAUGCAAAUUCCGUUGCAGCUGCUGCUCGCGAACCGCUUCAAAUUCAAUUAAUUAGAGCACAUUAGCGGAAAAUAGCGUAUAAAACCGGCGGGAGGGCAGCAACAUCAUCAUCAGCAUCAUCAUGGUGGUAACCGACUCGCCGCUUGCUCCGCACAAAUAUCUGCGUCGAAUUUCGAAGGAUUUCUCCACCGUUCGGAGAUAUAGCAAUACACCGGCUGUCGGCUCGGUGCGCGCCUCCACAUCCGCCUUCAUUGCGGCAGAGGCAGCUGCCCAUCUACCCACUUGUGGCACCCCAUCCCCCAGAAGUCCGCUAUCCACGCCACUAGGCAUUCGCCGGCGCCAGCGGAUGCGGAAACGCUCCUCGGUCUCCUCGACGCUAUCCAAAGUCCUCAUACUCAACGUGCGGGAUUUGCUGAAGGCCCAUGCCGGCAGUGAACCGCUGAAGGAGCACCAGCCGCGUAGUUGGAUCGAGACCAAUUUCCAGAAGCGCGAGUGCAUCAAAUUUAUACCAUGCCCAAAGGACGAUACAAGAUGCUGUUGUGGGCAGGCCCAGAUCACGCAUCAGACGAUUCCGGGCAUCGAGAGUGGGUCGCCGGGAGACCUAUGGCUGCCCACGAAGCACACCCGCCCGCAGCCCACAGAUGCCUACGGAACUAUCGAGUUCCAGGGUGGCGCCCAUCCCACAAAGGCUCAGUAUGUUCGCCUGUCGUUCGACACACGGCCAGAGCUGCUGGUGCAGCUAUUCACCAAGGAAUGGAAUCUGGAAUUGCCAAAACUUUUGAUCACCGUGCAGGGCGGCAAGGCCAACUUUGAUUUGCAGGCCAAACUGAAAAAGGAGAUACGCAAGGGACUGCUGAAGGCGGCCAAAACCACGGGAGCCUGGAUAUUUACCGGCGGCACCAACACCGGCGUCACCAAGCAAGUAGGCGACGCCCUGCUCCUGGAGGGUCAACAGCGGACAGGACGAGUGGUCAGCAUCGGCAUCGCUCCCUGGGGCAUUGUGGAGCGCAAUCACGAGCUGCUGGGCCACAAUCGCGAGGUGCCCUGCCACAGCAUUAGUUCGCCCAGAUCAAAGUUGGCCGUGCUGAACAAUCGCCAUGCCUACUUCCUGCUGGUGGACAAUGGCACCCAGGCCAAGUACGGUGCCGAGUUGAUCCUGCGUCGCAAGCUGGAGAAGUUCAUAUCCAACCUGAAGCUGCACCCAUUCACACAUUCCAGUACGCCCGUCGUCUGUCUGGUGAUCGAGGGCGGCACCAACACGAUACGUGCGGUGCUCGAGUACGUGACGGAUUCGCCGCCGGUUCCGGUGGUCGUAUGUGACGGAUCCGGGCGUGCCGCCGACCUGCUCGCCUUCGUCCACAAAUAUGCCUCGGAUGGCGAGGAGCAGCCGGUGCUGGAGUCAAUGCGGGACUAUCUCAUCGGGACCAUACAAAAGACCUUCGAAGUGGGCCUGGACCAAUCCGAGAAACUCUAUCAGGAACUGCUGCAGUGCACGCGGAACAAGAAUCUGAUUACCGUCUUUCGCAUACAGGAAAAGCCGGAGGGCGAGGCUCAGGAGCUGGAUCAGACCAUCCUAACGGCCCUGUUUAAGUCACAGCAUCUCAGUCCGCCGGAGCAAUUGAGUCUGGCCCUGACGUGGAAUCGGGUGGACAUAGCGCGCAGCGAGAUAUUCGUCUACGGCCAGGAAUGGCCCAAUGGGGCCCUCGAUGAGGCGAUGAUGCAGGCUCUGGAGCACGAUAGAAUCGAUUUUGUCAAAUUACUGCUGGAAAAUGGUGUUUCGAUGAAGAAAUUUUUAACAAUACCGCGCCUCGAGGAGCUCUACAAUACCAAACACGGUCCGGCCAACACGCUGGGCUACAUACUGCGCGAUGUCCGACCGCAUAUACCCAAGGGCUACAUUUACACGCUCCACGACAUCGGCCUGGUGAUCAAUAAACUAAUGGGCGGCGCAUAUCGAUCCUAUUACACGCGCCGCAAAUUUCGGCCCAUCUACGCCAAGGUUAUGAACAGCUAUGCAAAUGCCUGCCGCAAGUCCUCCACCUACCAGUACCAGCGAUAUGCCGGAGCCAAUUCGCUCAGCCUGGUCACCGGCCUGCUGCCCUUCACCUCGGAAAUGGCCCUCUUCGAGUUCCCCUUCAACGAGCUGCUGAUUUGGGCCGUGCUGACCAAGCGACAGCAGAUGGCUCUGCUCAUGUGGACGCACGGCGAGGAGGCGCUGGCCAAGUCACUGGUGUCCUGCAAACUGUACAAGGCCAUGGCCCACGAAGCCGCCGAGGACGAUUUGGAUACGGAAAUCUACGAGGAACUGCGCUCCUACGCCAAGGAGUUCGAGAGCAAAGGCAACAAGUUGUUGGACUUUAGCUACCGACAGGAUGCCGAGAAGGCCCAACGCCUGCUCACCUGUGAGUUGCACUCCUGGUCAAAUCAGAGUUGCCUUUCGCUGGCUGUGGCUGCCAACCAUCGUGCCCUGCUGGCUCAUCCCUGCAGUCAGGUGAUCCUGGCCGAUCUUUGGAUGGGUGGCCUGCGAACCCGCAAGAACACCAAUUUUAAGGUAAUUUUGGGCUUGGCGAUGCCCUUGUACAUCAGGCAGCUGGACUUUAAGUCGAAGGAGGAGCUCCAACAGAUGCCGCAGACUGAGGAGGAGCAUCUGGAAAAUCAGAAUCUGGACAAUGACGACUCGGAUCGUUCGCAGCCCGAUGCCGAGGCUCUAUUGGCGGAUACUUACUCAGUGCGCGAUACAAAAGUACACGAAAAUGGCAAAGUCUCCCUCACCGACUCGGAUCCCGCCCAAUUCCGGGAGUUCUUCAAUCUCUCCGAGUACAACGAGGUGAAGCAGCACCAGCCACUGCGCCUCAAAAAGAAGUUCUACGAGUUCUACACGGCGCCCAUCACCAAGUUCUGGGCCGAUUCGAUUGCCUACAUGUUCUUUCUCAUAAUGUUCUCUUUCACGGUGCUGGUGAAAAUGGAUAAGAUGCCGCGGUGGCAGGAGUGGUACUCGAUAGCAUAUAUCACCACGCUGGGUUUCGAGAAGGUGCGCGAAAUUAUAUCCUCCGAACCGGUGGCCAUUACUCAUAAAUUCUCGGUGUGGGCGUGGAAUAUGUGGAAUCCGUGCGAUGGCGCCGCUAUAAUACUCUUCGUCAUUGGUCUGGCCUUCCGGUUUCGGGAGAAUACCAUGGACAUUGGACGGGUCAUCUACUGUGUGGACAGCAUCUACUGGUACCUGCGCAUCCUUAACAUCCUGGGCGUGAAUAAAUAUCUGGGUCCCCUGGUCACCAUGAUGGGUAAAAUGGUGAAGAACAUGAUAUACUUUGUGGUCCUGCUGGCCGUCGUCCUGAUGAGUUUUGGGGUCAGCAGACAGGCGAUUCUGUACCCCAAUAAACAGCCCACCUGGAGUCUAAUCAAGGAGGUCACCUUCCAGCCCUACUUCAUGCUGUACGGCGAGGUGUUCGCCGGCGAUAUCGACCCUCCCUGCGGCGAGGAUCCCAGCCAGCCGGGCUGCGUCACUGGCCAUUGGGUAACGCCGAUAACCAUGUCCAUGUAUCUCUUGAUUGCCAAUAUUCUGCUGAUAAAUUUGCUCAUCGCCGUGUUCAACAACAUCUUCAACGAGGUCAACUCGGUGUCGCAUCAGGUUUGGAUGUUCCAGCGGUUCACCGUGGUGAUGGAGUACCAGCAGAAGCCCGUCCUGCCGCCGCCCUUUAUCGCGCUGUGCCACUUCUACUCGCUGCUCAAGUACUGUGUGCGAAAGGCGAAAGGAUUGGAGGUGCAGCGGGACAACGGUCUCAAGCUGUUCCUGGAGAAGGACGACCUGGAGCGGCUGUAUGACUUCGAGGAGGAAUGCGUCGAGGGCUUCUUCCACGAGCAGGAAAUCAUCCUCAAUCAGUCGACGGACGAGCGGGUGAAGAACACCACGGAGCGAGUGGAGACGAUGUCUCAGAAAAUCGAGGACAUCAAUCAGAAGGAAAACAUACAGACGGCCACCGUUCAGAACAUUGAGUUCCGGUUGCGAAAGAUGGAGGAGUCCUCGGAGCAGAUACUCUCCCAUCUGGCCGUCAUCCAUCGCUUCAUGUCCACGCACAUCGCAGGCACGGAUGAUUUGCGUGGCUCGACGAUAAAUAUUCCGGCGGAGAUGCAGCGCAUGCGCACCAUCUCGAUUUCGGAAACGGAGGCUGGCGGCUGUUCCGGCGGAAAUGGAGGUGGUGGCGGUGGCGGAGGAGGCGGUGGAGCCAUGGUGCCACUGGGCUUGGGUGCCGGACUGAACUUAAAUUCGCUGCAGGUGACCACCCGACGUCGCUUCAAUCGUUCGCUGACCGAGGUUCGUCCGGAUGCGUACAUCUUCGACGAGGGCACUCACUUCGAGGUGGUGCCACUGCCCGAGGAACCCGAUGAAGUGGUCAAGUCCCGCGAGGCACUCAACGAGCAGGUUGUGCGCAAGGCAUCCAUGCAAUCGGAGGCGGACUCGGACAUCUAUUUGCCGCUCUCUCAGCGACCUUCGACCUGUGAGACUGUGAAGCGGACACCGUAUGUGACCGUGCGCCAGGAUACGGGUGCCAGCACGGAGAGCAAGGACACCCUAACGCCAAUGGGCACCAACGAUGACGACCAAACGCUGGUAGGAGGCGAGAACUCCGAUGAUGCGGCUCCAGACAUCAGCUUUGAGGCUGCCAGACAUCGUGCACUCCGCCAACGCACUGUUUCCCUUUGCCGCCGGAAUUCGGAGACCUACUCUUUGACCGGAGCGGACAUGAACCGAUCGCACAUCAGCCUCAACCAACUGGCCUCGUUGUCCCGCCGCCAAAUGAGCCUUACCCAAUCGGAGCCGGACAGCGACAAGGAUGUGCCCGUAGCUCAGGGCUCCAUUCAUCCGGGUAAAUCAGUAUUGCAUGCGAAACCCUCCAGAAAUAUCUUGCUGAAACUGCACAGCGAGUACACCUCGAUCACUGAUGAGCUGGAGAGCGUCUGCCACAUGAUAGCAUCGCCCACGGUCUCCCUGCCGAGUCAGAAAGCUUCGCUGGACCGUCCCAAAACGGAGAUGUCCCGGGCCGAGGCAGCCGCCUUGCUGGAAAAGAAGCAUCUGAAGGAGUGCGAGGAGAACGACUACAAGAUACUGGAGGGACUGAUUGAGUCACGCGGCUCCAUCGAUGCCAGCGCCCAUGGAUUUGAGAUCGGCGUAUCCAUAGACUACAGCCAUCGGUAUCCGCUGCGACGCGAGACUGCCGUGGAGCUGUCCCCUUCGAAGCCCUCGGCGGAUGGCGACCUAAUGGGCGGAGGAGGCGGUGCUGCAGGCGGCGGCGCCGGCGAUAGUAGCGAUACCAGCGGGGCUGGUAGCUGCGGUGCCAUGGUCGUCGGCUCGAGCGGCUUCCAGCUGAAGAACGAGCGUCCCUGGCAGCGCAACUCGUCGAUGGAGCAGCAGGCGUAUCCAUCGCCGCUGGUGCCCACGCGGGCCACCAGUGACUUCCUCAAUCCGCCGUACGAGGGCACCGGCCGCCUGUUCAAGAAGUCCAGCGAGAGCCUGCAGAAGAACUCCAGCACGGAGACGGACUACUCGGUGCAUCCGUACCGCUUCAUCAAGCAGAGCUCCAACGAGACGAACACCUCGCUGACGGGCUCCUACAACGUGGACACGCCCUCGCUGACGGCGGAGCCCUCGCUGGACGCCGGCGACUCGCACUCGGCGACGGGUGUUAGCAUCAGCGUUGGCGCUGUGGGCGGCGCUGCCACGGCGCGUUACCAGCCCAUCCGUACCGCCUCGGUGGGCGCGGCCGACGGCCGGCGACUGCGGGAGGAGAGCUCCAGUUCGCUGGACCUCAGCGCCUCGGGGCCAGUGACGACGCAGGCAGCGCCGGCACCGCCAGCGCGUCCCAUGCAGCUGAAGAAACAGUUUAGCGUGGACCAGGGCAAGCCGUCUCAGCCGGCGGAGCCAUUGCCAGAGAUGGCCGAAGCUGCUGGCCAAGCUGUUGGCCAGGCCAAACUGAUUUCCACGCUCAAGCCGCAGCCCUUUGCGAGCAAGCUGGGCAUGAACGUGCUGAAGGAGAGCAGCUCCAGCACGGAGGAGGGAUCGGGCGGCUCGUCCGCCAAGAGCAGCAGUCCGGCCCUGACCAUACCCCAGAUCAGCACCCAUCUGGUGCAGGACGAGAUCGCCAAGCUGUCGUCGAACAUCAAGAGCAGCACCGAAUCGGAAAAGGACCCGCCAUUCAAUGAGACAAUGUGUUAGCAGAGUAGCCCAUGGAUAUCCAUCAGCUCAAUGGGUAGAACUUGUACUAGUCACAGGAGUGUGGGGUGAUGCAAAUGCUAAUGAAGUAGCGUUGAGAUCUGGGGAAAACAGAUAUCUGAGAUUAGGCAUACAUAUUCUUAAUCGAGCAGGUCGCAAGUUACAUAGGUGUUAAUGAUUUUGACAAUACAUAGUUCACAAAUUCUCUGUAUUUUUAUACAAGUAUUUAUUUAGAAAGCAAGAGCAUCGUCGUCGUUGUUGUUGUUGUUGUUGUUGUUGUGGUUGUUAUACACUCUACAGGUGCAGGUGCAGGUGCUUGGAAUAUCUACUAUCGUUUUCGUGUCAAUAGGAACCACCAAAGAAAUCGCACUUAAAUCAUAUUCACAUAUUCGAUACUUUUACAAAACUCCUAGCUGUAGUCAGUCGUACAUAUUGCAACGUUGCAUGCAACCUUCACACAAAACAUAUCUGAAAGCAACCACUCUACUUUAUCCAAGCCGAUCAUGAGCGCUUACCUCAACUCAAUUAGAAACUUAUCGCAGCCUAAUGUACUUGUACUUACUUAUACCUGUAACUCUGUGAGUCGAGUCCCAUGUUGUAGUCCACAGCUCUUGUGUAAUGUGUGUAUAUCGUCUCCUUAGAUAGCCCGUUUUACUUGCUUAUGUGGGGGUGAGAAGUUCGUGUAUUCUAUGAGCAGCUGCCUUUUUAUGGCGGCCCCAGAUAUUAUUGUACAUAAAUAGAGUAAAUGUUAUAGGUGUAUAUGAGAUAUGAGAUCGAUUAAAUUGUUCAUGUUUGGCCAAUGUGUGCUAAUAAUUUAGAUUAGUUUUUAAAUAUUUUCAAGGAUUAAGAAUAACAAUGCAUUUUAAUAAACUAUUUAUGAGUGUACUUAUUUAUUUUAAGAAUUCUAUGUUAUUUUUAUUAAAAUAAAUUAUUAACACUU